AUGCAUGUCCGAGAUGCUAUAGAGCCUCUGUUGCGGCUUCGCGACAGCACAGGGCGGACUGUCGAGGAAUUACAGAAGCACGACAGCUCCGACGACAAACUGCGACGCUCCCUUCGAGUCGCAAAGCGACUAGACGUAUCGACGGCCGGCGAAGCAGCACAAACCUCCGAAGACAUCGAACAAAUAGUGCGCGAUGCCAAGAAACGAUUUCGGGAUACCCUACCCAAGGGCUAUUUGAACGAAGAAGAAUUCCGUCUCUACGAGAGGCUGUACGGCCCGCCCUUACGCGAGACGACUCCUGAAGAUGUUGGUAUCCCAGAGCAUUCUGACAUGGGGCGCGCGGACCCCGAUGGCGAGGGAAUAUUGCUUCGAGAGCUUGAUGGUGGCGAGUUCGAAGAAGUCAGCUACGAGGUAGCAAAGCAAUCGGUGGAAGAUGGCGAGAGUGUGGAAAACUUUGUCGUUGCGAAAGAACCAGGGUAUAUCGACCUGGUUGCGCAAAGCGAUAGAGAGCGUAUUGCUCUGGAGCAGCUACAGAAGGAGUACGAUUCAUCCACGCGAGCCCAAGAGGAAGCAGCAUAUGAACCGGAAGAGUUGGAGGAAAAUGACAGUCUGAUCAAUGAUAUGGAGGGGGAGACGUCAUGGGCAGCUGGAGACUACCCGGCGGCAUAUCAACCGAUAUCAACUGGAGAGGUUCGCCGUUUUCACCCCCACACUAUUGAAGGUCGCUUUCACGAUAGCCCUGUGGAAAUUUUACUUCCCCAGGAGCGUCUAGUGAAGCCUUUGCAGUCGCUGCUCGGGAGAACGCACCUGGACCAUGUCAAGACUGCGGCAGAGUCGGCCUUUGGAGGCAGGGGACUGCCGACAUCCCCCGUGACACCAUUUGGCCUACGAAAUGGGCACAUGGGUGGAAUUGGCCUACCUCCAAACACGAAGCACAUGACAGAAAUCGAGGCGGAUGCGUUCCUGGCAGCCUAUGUCCCUGGGGCCUAUGCCAGCACCAUGGCCACACUACGAGAAGUACGAAAACGAGCCGGAGGUGACUGGAUCCAAUCGCGGCUGAGAAAUAACGGGCCAGGCUUAAGUGUGUUGGAUGCCGGUACGGGAGGCGCUGGCCUUGUCGCUUGGGAACAGAUUUUGCAAGCGGAGUGGGAUCUACUUGCUGAGAAGGGAGAAGUCGAGGGCGAAAAGAUUCCAGGCAAAAGUACGGUCGUUGUUAGCUCGGAUCGACUACGCGGGCGUCUCAAGACGUUUUUGCACAACACGACAUUCCUCCCACGGUUGCCCGACUAUGUGCACUCGGGUACCAUGAAGAGCGGCCAGCAUCUGGAUUCCGGCGGCGAACCGCAGAAGCGCAAGAGCUACGACAUUAUCAUCGCGUCACAUUUGUUUCUCAAGGAAAAGCAGGACCACUACCGGCAAGCUAUUUUGAACAACCUAUGGACUCUUCUGAACCCGGAUGGUGGUGUGCUCAUUGUGACGGAAAAGGCACACCCGCGCGGCUUCGAAGCUGUUGCGCACGUGCGGGACACGCUUCUGAAACAAUUUUUGCUGCCGCAGUCUGGCGAAAGCCCGAUGGAGGCCAAGGAUUUCAACCCUGCCUACCAUCGAGAACUCGAGGCGGGCCGAAUUCUGGCGCCAUGCACGACACACGGCGCAUGCCCGAUGUAUCCGACGCCUGGCAAGAGCAAAGGACGCAAGGAUUACUGCCACUUUGGCCAAAGAUUUGUACGACCAAGCUUCUACAGCAAGCUGCUAGGCAAUGAGUCGCACACCAGGGGCGAAGUGGAGUUUAGUUACGUGGCUAUCCAGAAGGGUGUUCAGAAGAGUGAGCGGCAGGACAGCAAGAAGAUCACUGAGGACGCAUUCAAUGGCUAUGAAAAAGCCGAGGAGACACCGGACAUGCAGACACUGCCCCGGAUCAUCCUGCCACCGAUCAAGCGCAAGGGCCAUGUCACGCUCGACACGUGCACUCCGGAGGGCAGGCUGGAGCGAUGGACGGUGCCCAAGAGCUUCAGCAAGGUGGCUUACCACGACGCACGCAAGUCGCGCUGGGGCGACCUGUGGGCGCUGGGGGCCAAGACGCGCGUUCCACGCAGCGCGCGCACCGGCAGCGGCGUAGACACGGAGAAGCAGCGCUCGAUCGAGGCGAAAAAGGCGCAGCGCUCGGCGGCGCGCGAGGGCCUGGGGACCGACUGGCAGGUCAAGACACGGGCGGCACGCGGCAACAGCCGGACGAGGAGGCAGGAGGAGCUGAUUCGGCAGAUCAUGGAGGAGCAGCACGACGAUGAUAAGGAGAUUGACAGGGAGGUGGACGAGGAGCUGGCGGGGCUGAACCGUGAGGCGGAAGGCGAGGGACGGUUCAAGGACCGAGGUGCGUAG